CGCAGCCGCAGGGUUCCGGCUGAGACUCAGCGGAGACCGGAGGGCUACAGUGGUUGCGACGAUGGGGACGGAGGGCGGAGGGAUGGUGGACUGUCACUGCCACCUCUCCGCCCCGGACUUUGACGGCGAUUUGGAUGAUGUGUUGGAAAAAGCCCAGAAAGCCAAUGUUAUGGCUCUUGUGGUGGUUGCUGAACAUUCAGGAGAAUUUGGAAAGAUAAUGGAGCUUUCAGAAAGGUAUAAUGGGUUGGUCAUGCCAUGCUUGGGUGUUCAUCCAGUUCAAGGAGUUUCUCCAGAAGGCCAAAGAAGUGUCACAUUAAAAGAUUUGGAUGUAGCAUUGCCCAUUAUUGAGAAUUAUAAGGAUCAACUGUUGGCAGUUGGAGAGGUUGGACUUGAUUUCUCCCCCAGAUUUGCUGGCACUGAUGAACAAAAGGAAGAGCAAAGACAAGUCCUAAUCAGACAGAUCCAAUUAGCCAAAAGACUAAAUUUGCCUUUAAAUGUUCACUCACGCUCAGCUGGAAGACCCACCAUCAGCCUCUUGAAUGAGCAAGGUGCUGACAAAGUGCUGCUGCAUGCAUUCGAUGGUCGGCCAUCUGUAGCCCUGGAAGGAGUAAGAGCUGGCUACUUCUUCUCAAUUCCUCCUUCUGUCAUAAGAAGUGGACAGAAGCAGAAACUUGUGAAACAGUUGCCUUUAACAUCAAUUUGCUUAGAAACAGAUUCACCUGCACUAGGACCAGAAAAACAGGUACGGAAUGAGCCCCGAAACAUUUCCAUUUCAGCAGAAUAUAUUGCCCAGGUGAAAGGGAUCUCAGUGGAAGAAGUUAUAAAAGUGACAACACAGAAUGCAUUCAAACUGUUUCCCAAGCUUCAGCACCUGCUCCAGAAGUAGCUUCAAGGCCGAAUCAACUGCAGGGGGGAGCAUUCGAGAAAAAGAAAUGUUAUGAUUGAGAGUCGAAACUGAAGAAGCCAUUAUGUAGGGAUAUAGAAGAUGGUAGUUUUAAAAAAGUAUUUCUCUUAGAAUUAAAACUGGACUUGGAUCUUGAAA